AUGUCGCAAUCAGCGCCCGGCGGUGGUCAGCCUCCAGGUGGUGGCUCGGGCGCGAAUUUCGCCAACAUCCGUGACUGUUGCCACUCGCCGCCGACGCUGCAACAGGGCAUCGCCACCCCGCACACGCAGAAGAGUAUGGCUCGUGUACAGGGCAGUGCUUUGGCUGUUGCCACCCCUAAUUCCGCUGCCGCCGCCACGCAAAGCGUCGCUCCCGUCGCCACUGUGGGCCCGUCGGAUUCGAUGGAUUGUAGCGCUGAGGUGCUCUCCGCUUUCGAAUGCCCCGUUUGCCUCGACUAUAUGCUGCCCCCGUACCUUCAGUGCCAGAGCGGGCAUCUCGUCUGCAGCAACUGCCGCCCCAAGCUCCAGUGCUGCCCGACGUGCCGCGGACCCACGCCCAGCAUCCGAAAUCUCGGGCUGGAGAAGAUUGCGAACACGGUCAAGUUUCCGUGCAAGUUCAACACGUCCGGUUGCCUCUUAAUUUUUCACCACGGCGACAAGAUUGACCACGAGGAGGCGUGCGAGUUCAGGCCGUACAGUUGCCCGUGCCCCGGCGCCUCUUGCAAAUGGCAGGGCAGCCUCCCGGACGUGAUGCCCCAUUUGAUGAAGGUGCACAAGAGCAUCACCACGCUCCAGGGCGAAGAUAUCGUUUUCCUGGCCACCGACAUCAACCUGCCCGGCGCCGUCGACUGGGUGAUGAUGCAGAGCUGCUUCGGCUUCCACUUUAUGCUCGUCUUGGAGAAACAGGAAAAAUUCGAGCAGGCCCAGCAAAUCUUCUACGCCGUCGUCCAGCUGAUCGGCGCCAAGAAGGAGGCUGAGAAUUUCACGUACAGGCUCGAGCUGUCGAACCACCGCCGUCGCCUCGUCUGGGAGGCCACGCCGCGCUCGAUCCACGAGGGCGUUGCCCACGCCAUCUCCCAGUCGGAUUGCCUCGCCUUCGACACGCCGACCGCUCAACUUUUUGCUGAAAACGGGAAUCUUGGGAUAAACGUGACGAUCACCCAGGCGAGCGACCAGAUGCGC